AUGUCAUCAUUUGGUGAUUGUGCUGGUGAAGGUGAUGAAGAUGGUCGAGGACAGAAGGAAGAAUUGGAAAGCGAAAAAUUUGUUUUUAAUUGUUUGGAAGCAUCUGUUGGCUCUGAAGAUAAUAUUAAUUUGAAGUGGUAUUCACUUUGA